GUAAAUGUUUGUGUGCAUUCAGAAGUCGUAUAUGUUAAAAAGAUAAACAUUAUGUCAUUAUUUAUGUGGAACACCAAAGAAGAUUUUUGGCAUAAUGACAACGUCUCCAAAGCUGUCAGUCUAACAACAUCUUUUGUGCUCCGCGCAAGAAAAAAGUAAUACAGGUUUGGGACAACAUGACGGUGAGUAAACGAUUACACAGUUCUCAUGUUUGGGUCAACUAUAACUUUAAGUCGCUAGUAUAAUGACACAUACAGUCAGUGUUUGUGUAAAGUCGGGCUCGGUAAAUAAGUGUCUAUGGAGGGAUGACGUCAGAGGUGGAGAUGUCAUGGCGCCGUCGGAGCUGAGACUGGAGCUUGCCAUCUAGUUAAAGGUUGUCGUCGAUGCGUUCAGCGAAAUGGAGAAGAAUGCAAACCCUCAUCGAGACGCAGGAGGAAGUGUCCUGUGCACCGCUAUUCCCACAGAACCUGCAGAUAUCAAAACAGUCGGCGGAAUGAAAGAUGUCUGCGAGAAGAGAGAGACUUUGAGUACUUGUGCAAGUGCUAGCGGUGCUAAUGCUACACCCUGCACACGGACAUCAGAUGCUGCUGAGACCGUAAGCAAGAGCGCACAAUCGAGCGUUUUAGCAGAGACACUGUCGCCCGAUGCAGCGGAUCAACUGAGCAACGGGGUGGGAUACGAACCGUUGAUGACCGCUGCUGGGAACAAGGAGGGUGGCACCUCAAAGUUAGUAAACAACCUCACGGGAGAGCAAUCCGACAUCAGUAAUGUGCAAGCGGACGGUUUGGAUGGAGGGACGCAAGAAACGACGAAGCUGGCCAAGCCUGCUUAUUUGUGUCCAGACAAAGCAAAAUCUGCGAACUCGAAUUCAAACGACCACACCGUUUCCGAGGGUCCUCCGAGUGGGAGCGAGCCCAGCAUCGCAGGAGAGUCCCGCAGCUUUGAUUCACUAGAGUCCUUCUCCAAUCUGAACUCAUGCCCGAGUUCAGACCUCAACAGUGAAGGACUGGAGGACAAGGGACUGGCUUUGGCUAUUCAGAGUGAAUACGGGGCCGAGGGAACGAAAAUCCCCUGUCCUAAAGACAGGGUGACCGGUCAGUCUUUGUACCACAUCAAGUGGAUAAAGUGGAAGGAGGAGAACACGCCUAUCAUCACACAGAAUGAGAACGGGCCGUGCCCGCUGCUGGCUAUUAUGAAUGUCCUGCUAUUGGCAUGGAAGGUCAAGCUGCCACCAAUGAUGGAGAUAAUAACGGCAGAGCAGCUGAUGGAAUAUCUGGGAGACUAUAUCCUUGAAGCCAAGCCAAAAGAGAUCUCUGAGGCUCAGCGGUUGAACUACGAACAGAAUAUGAGUGAUGCUAUGGCGGUGCUGCAUAAACUGCAGACAGGUCUGGAUGUAAACGUUAAGUUCACAGAUGUGCGGGUAUUCGAGUACACACCCGAAUGCAUCGUCUUUGACCUGCUGGAUAUCCCACUCUACCACGGAUGGCUGGUCGACCCACAGAUGGAUGAUAUAGUGAAGGCAGUGGGGAACUGCAGCUAUAACCAGUUGGUGGAGAAGAUAAUCAGCUGUAAGCAGUCAGAUAGCAGCGAGCUGGCCGGGGAAGGAUUUGUGGCAGAACAGUUUCUGAACAGCACAGCGACUCAGUUGACAUACCACGGCCUGUGCGAACUCACCUCUACCGUACAGGAGGGAGAACUGUGUGUCUUCUUUAGGAACAAUCACUUCAGCACUAUGACCAAAUUUAAGGCCCAACUGUACCUGCUGGUGACAGAUCAAGGGUUUCUCACUGAGGAGAAGGUGGUUUGGGAAAGUCUGCAUAAUGUUGAUGGAGAUGGGAACUUCUGUGACUCAGAGUUUCAUCUGAGGCCGCCCUCUGACCCGGAAACGGUGUACCGUGGUCAGCAGGACCAGAUCGAUCAGGACUACCUGAUGGCGCUGUCUCUGCAGCAGGAGCAGCAGGCCUCAGACCUGGGCUGGGAACAGAUCCCAGAAGGCAUCAGUGAUCUAGAGCUGGCCAAGAAGCUGCAGGAGGAGGAGGACCGCAGAGCGUCACAGUACUAUCAGGAGCAGGAACAGGCGCAGGCAGCAGCGGCUGCACAGGCACAGGCACAGGGACAACAACCAGCAGCAGGUGCCGACCAGGUGGAUAGAGCGGCAGCUGCUGGAGCCUCAGCAGGGGGAGCCACAGCUUCUCCGAGCCCAGGAAAACAGCCCUCUACGGGGGAACGCAAACCCAAGAAGGAAGCCAAGGACAAAGACAAAUGCAUCUUGUUGUAACAGCAGUGGACUAUAUGGAAACGCGAAACGGGCAGCAGUUUAAUUCCAGUGGCUCUGCAAUGCAUCUCCCAGCGUGAGGUGGAGAGAGAACGAGCAACGGAGAUGAAGCGUGACGGACUUGCCAUUCUCAAGCCACUUGUGCCUGACUUUAACCCUCAGUGUUCUGAAGAUGCAGACAAGCAGAGAGGGGUGUCACUACAAGGACUAUCACUACAUCGUUUGUAGAGCUGGCCAAAUGUUCUCAGCAGGAAAACCACUGCAGUGCACUAUAUUUGUGUGGGGUCACCAGGGAGGGUGGAUUUUUAUUAAAUUUUUUUUUUUUUUAGUACAACAAGGUAAUGUACGCAUAGCACUAGGCAAAAAAUCCACCUCCCAAAACAAAACAACACACCACUUUUUUCAUUAUACAAAGCAUUUUUUUUUUUUUUUUUGUGGAUUUCCGUUAUUGUUGUUGUUUAUAAGCUAUUUUAUACCGGUUUACCCGUAUAUAUAUGCAUAUGUAGAUUUGUUGUAUUUGUCAGUUUCUGUUGUUUGAUUGAAGGAUAUCAGAUCUUUUAAUGAAAGGCCGUUCACAUGAGCAGGUAGCAAGCCAACGGGUCGCUUGGCAAAGGUGAUGUCUCAGGACAUGAUGUAGGCCACCAUAGUUCUUGCCUGGCAGUCUGAUGCCAAAUUGAACAUGUUAAUACUGCAGGAGUCACCUCCAUUUUAGAGAGCGUAAUCCUGAAGAAACAGAUGCAUUUAAAAAAAAAAGUUUUCCGUUUUAAGCAGUUGAAAUUCCAUUUGGUGAUAUAGAUGUGUCUACGAAAGAAUGAUUUUGCCAAUAGGACAUUUUCUGUUAAUAUCAGUGAACAACUGACACCACUGUUAAUGUACAUAGCUUUAAAAUAUCAAAAUCAUUAGGUUAUAUAAGAAUACAUGGCCAAUUUUUUGCUUCAUCCCACCCCUUUUACAUUUCAGCCAAAAGUCUGGUUCAUAUUUGCCUUAAAAAAAUGAAGUAUAUGAGUAGGAUCGUUGUCCUGGCAUUGUUGAAUGAUCAACAUUAUUGCCCAAAAACCGAAUGGUUAAGGAAAUCCUGUGUUUUAUCUCAGUGGUUUUUGUUUUCCUCCAGCUAGUGGUCGUACAAUAUCGGUUUUACGGUGGGCCGAUAUUGAAAUCUGGAGAGCAGGUUGGUGAUUCCUGAUAGAAAUAACAAGAGGAGAUUUAACAGCUGCGGACACUGUUAUCACCCAAUGCCGAAAAAUGGCUCAACAUUGGCCAAAUAAUCGAGCCGACCGAUAUAUCGGUCAGUCGCUAACUACAGCUAUAAUUUACACACUCGUUCAUGUACAUUGUACAUACUCAUAUAUGCUAUAUGGAUGUAAGGUAGGAAAGGAUUACUCAAGCCCAUCCUGUUCCAGUGCUGCCUCCUGAGAGACAAGGUCUUUUCUAUCCAAACAUUCCAGCUAUAUGCCUUGAGCUGAGCAUUGUGCUGAGCCUCAGACUCAGAGAAACGCUAACGUUGGGCUAUUUUCCCUGUUGUUCUGCUCUCGCAAUGUACGAAUGAACAACUCCUGCAUGUAGACGAGCUCGUGAUGGUGUAGCCGUAGAACAGACAGUUUUUCAGUGGUUACAUGGGAGCACUAGUAGAAUCUGUUUAUGCUGGUCGUGGGCUGGAGCUGUUACUUUGACGUUUGGUCCCUCAGCGGCCAAUACUCUCUGUAUAUAAAAAGCCUUACAAUACUUGCAGUAUCUUUUAUACCGACACAAAUAGGUGCAAGACAAGACUGAGACAAUCUGUAGACCUUACCAUAAGACAGAAAACCGCACAGGCCUUCACAGAAGGAACAUAUCCAUGAGUGUCUUGCAAACAGUUUGACGUGUUUUAGAUUCCUUGGUAAAGGAUAUAGAUUCAAACACGGGGUUUAAUUUGAAACAGUCCCCUUUGUUGAGGUCCGUUCACACCGAGAACGACACUAUAAAGAUAAAAAAAUAACGAUAACUAGAUUAGCGCGAAGACUGAUCAGCGUCCACACCAACGGACGUUAACGUUCUCUUUACACUGCACUUACGUCGUCUGCCGCUUUAAAUUAAAUGCGCGAGCUCUUUAAAGCCGAGUGGAUUUUGAUUAGCUGUUAAUGUUUUUGUUGUUGUUCUUUUCUUCAUUUAUCAGCUGGAAAACAAAAUCGUUCUGAAAGUGAUUCCAACAAAAUGUCGUUAAUUUGUGUCGUUAUAGCUGUAGUGUGGACUUCCUUAUUCUCAUAGAAUUAGAUCGCUUAUUAAAGCUGUAUCGUUAUAGUUAUCGUCCUUGGUUUGAAUGGCCCUUUAAACUUUAUAGCUGUAACUACCAUUUCAACCUGAGGAAUUGGGCUUUGAAGACAAACCAUGGCUAUUUUUGAAGUUGUUGUUAUCUGAGGUGAAUUAAGUUAGCUGGCAUACUAAUAUUGUGUUUAGCCAGAGAGUGCACAACACAGCCUGUGUUAAUCUGUAUUUGUCAUGUUUUUAUUGUUCCCCCAGAAGGUAGCAUUCACACUAUCAUUUCACACUACAAGAACUAUAUAUUUAAAUACAUAAAUGUCGGUGAGCUUCUGUCACCUUUGCUACUGGUGUCAUUUGGAAGGAAGCACAAGCUAGUUACUAUAGAGUUGGGAGAGAAAUGUCUUAAAAGAGUUUGUACUGAGGUUAUUGGGGUGAAAUGAGAUAUUAUAUAUCUGUAACUGGUAAAUCAUCCAUUUUAGCCAAACUUGGGAGAACAAAGUUGGUUUUAUCAUUAUUAUAAGCUGACGCUCACUUCUGAUUCAGUUAAUUGCAACUGCUGUUAUACUUGCAGAUGGACAUUCCAGGGUGCUUUUGAUCAGUGGCAUGUCUGAUAAAAGAGUGAUUUAAGGACAACGUGCAACAGACUUCUCCAGCACAUAUAUUAUGUACCCACUGUGCAUUAGCUUAUGUCGUUUGUAUUGAUUGCCAAUAACUUUAUUCUUCUGUAAUGUGCUUCAGCUUUAACCAUUUGCUUCUAAAAUGAUCUUGCUAAUUGCAGAUGUGUGAAAUGUCACAAGAAUUUACAUGUUAGUGGGAUAAAUACUCAAAUGUCAUAUUUAUAGAGGGGGGAAAGUGGUGGAGUUUGUGGGUGCACGCUCUAUUAAUUAAACGAGAAAGCCCAUUUCAAAGAGAAAAUAGAUGGAAAAUGGCUUGAAACUGUCUAUAUUUAGCUAAAUCUAUUUUUGACCCCCAAAUAAUAUCAGUAAAUAUUCCAAGGCCUUGUCUGCUUAGUUGGCCAUUGGUUUGCAGCACCCAUUGAAGCUCCGUUAUAGGUCAUAGACCAUUUUAGUUAUUUAUGCACUGUUACAUUGAAUGCACUAGAUGAGAAAUAUACCUCUUUUUAUACACAAUUAGAGUCACCAGAUUUUGUCUGGUUACAGCUGAACCUGUUUCAUAACACCCAAUAAAUACCAUGUUUUGCAAUAAGGCUUAUAUUUAUGGAACUAUAUUAAGAACUGAACAUAAGGAACUUUCUAAUGGUUACAUUUCACCCUAAAUGCUGCCAUUUAGAUUUUGUUUUCCUCGGCCCGUUUCCAGAUAGAAAGGGCUUGCAAGACUUCCCAUGAAUAUAAUUUGAUGUUUCAUAUCUUAGUGCCAUCAACGAAUAUGGAAAAGAAAUUUGCAAUUAAAGAGAGGGCUUUUGAUUGGAGUUGAUACAGGGCAUUACCAAGGGCGAUUCAAACUGACACUGAAAUGCCAAACAUUACAUGUUUUCUGCUAAUAAUAGGAACUGGGAGGGUUUUUCUUGAAAUUUCAAUUUUACCAGGUCAGUCCAUAAUGGUAAUGCAGUUGUGAUGCAUGUUUAACAGCUGAAUACAACAUGUACUCCUAAAUCAUUUUAAAGGAACAGUCCAAUUACAAUUUCUAUUUUAUAUCCUUUUUACGUGUAUAUUUACACAAAAGAUUUUAACUUAGCAAAAAGAAAAAGGACAAAAAAAAAAAAAAAAUCAGGAUAUAAUAAGGGUCAACCUUUCUAUUGUGUGUAAGGUUCAUUAAUGACCAAAAACAUUUAUGUAGCCCAACAGUGUCAAAAAGUAGAUGGAAAUUUUUUUUCCUGUAACAAAUGCCUUAGAUGAGGGACAAUACAUCUGAUUAAAGGAAAUCUGGUCAGUGA